AUGAGCGUAACAACGCUUGUCGAUACGCGGCAGCAGAAGUCUUCCGGCCCGCCACAGUCCUGGAAACCUCAAAUGACCGUCGACAGCUCCGCGACGGAGAAAUUCCCUGGCCUGGGAGAUGACGACGCAGUGAACCAGGAACAGGAGGACAGCGUUUUUGUGCCAUCCACGGUCAGGUACGCGGGGGAAUCGCUAUGGCAGCCACGCAAGAAUAGGGCAUACUCGCGUGGGCCAACGCCCGUUGACCGUUCACACCGUCCCCGCAAGAGCAUCAGCGAGGCACUGGGGUCAUUCCGGACUCGGGGAACGAGUGUUAGCUUGAACGCCCAGGAGCUGGCCGAGUCGCUGAAAGCUCCGAUAUCUUACAAACUCAUCGGCCUUUGCAUCAUCUGGUACAUGACAUCAGCUCUCACGAACACUUCCUCGAAAUCCAUCCUUACAGCUCUCCCAAAGCCCAUCACACUCACGAUCGUUCAAUUUGCAUUUGUAUCAACAUGGUGUCUCGUUCUCGCAUACCUCGCUUCGGUGUUCCCAGCUCUAAAAACGGCUGUGCCCGUACUCAAAAAUAAAAUCCGCUAUCCGUCAUAUUCCAUCGUCACCACCGCUCUACCGUUAGCCGGCUUCCAGCUACUAGGACACAUCCUGAGCUCCAUGUCGACUUCAAAAAUCCCCGUUUCGCUAGUCCAUACCAUAAAGGGGCUGUCUCCACUCUUCACCGUGCUCGCUUAUCGCAUCUUCUUCCGCAUCCGUUACGCUAGGGCCACCUAUCUCUCCCUCGUCCCCCUCACGCUAGGUGUUAUGCUUGCUUGCUCCGCAGGAUUCUCGACGAACCUGUUUGGGAUACUCUGUGCGCUUGCGGCUGCGCUCAUCUUCGUGGCUCAGAACAUAUUCUCGAAGAAACUGUUUAAUGAGGCGGCGCGUGCGGAGGCUGAAGGUCAAUCACCGGGGGAUACCAAGCUUGACAAGCUCAACCUUUUAUGCUAUUGUUCAGGGCUCGCCUUUCUAUUAACGCUGCCGAUAUGGUUCCUAUCCGAAGGCUAUCCCCUCAUCAUCGACAUCCUAUCUUCCGGCGCUGUCAGCUUGUCGGAGAAAAAGGGUGCACUUGACCAUGGCGCCUUGACGCUGGAAUUUAUCUUCAACGGAGUCUUCCACUUUGCCCAGAACAUCAUGGCAUUCGUUUUACUGUCCAUGGUAUCGCCGGUCUCAUACUCCGUCGCUUCACUCAUCAAACGAGUCUUCGUCGUUGUGGUCGCCAUCGUCUGGUUUGGUAAUUCAACCACACCUCUGCAGGCGUUUGGUAUUGCCCUCACCUUCCUCGGUCUCUAUCUUUAUGACAGGAACAAGCAGGAUGAUGCCGCGGACCGACGGGCCAACGCAGACCGCUUCCAGAAACACGACAAUAUCCUUCCUCUCAACAAUGCCACCAACGGAGCCGGCAAAGCUUGGAAUUCGAACGGAUAUACCUUCCCAACCCCAGCGGUCGGUGGUCUCGGAAUCCAUCCAAUGGAUGUCAAUGGCAAGAAGGAAGACGACAAGGCCAAUGGCGUUUCGAGAAGGAAUAGCGUUGCCCGGCCAUGGCUGCCGCCAGGGACUAAGCAAGAGUCUACAUGGCAGCCAGGCGAUGUCUCAUCACCGCCGCAGAAGUAA